CGGCCGCUGGCACGUAGAAGCUUGUUUUGCAGGACAACCUGACGGAUUAUCGUGAUUUAAGGAAACACCUGCGAGCCGCUGGGUUUCCAGAAGCAUCCCCCCGGGCUCCGGAGGACCCUGCCCUUCAACCUACCCGGUUUCCACGACUCUCCCGGGGACAUGUAUCGUCGCGGAGCCGCCAAGAAGGACCCCAACAACAAGCCUGCGAAGAAGGACGUGAGUGACAGUGAGAAAUACGCCGACCUCCUGGUGUUCGGCUACGCCUGCAAAGUGUUCCGGGACGACGACCGGGCUCUGUACCACGAACAUGGAAAGCAGCUCAUCCCGUGGAUGGGGGAGAAGAGCAUCACGAUUGAUAGAUACGAUGGGCGUGGUCACUUACAUGAUCUUUCAGAGUACGACAGCGGCUCGUGGAAUACGUCCUACCAGCUGUCGGAGGAGGAGGCCAGGAUCGAGGCGCACUGCGAUGAGGAGAGGUACCUGGCUCUGCGCACGGACCUGAUGGAAGAAGAGGCCAGACAAGAGGAGGAGUACAAACGUCUGAGUGAGGCUCUGGCUGAUGAAGGCACUUACACUGCAGUGGCUUUCAAAUACAGCGCUGACUACUACGAUCCCUCUCAACCCACGGAGGAGGAGGAAGCUAACAAGGAUGCUGAAGAGCAGGAGGAGAGUGAGGAACCUUUUGUGGCUCCCCCGGGGCUGGUUAUCCCUCCUGAUAUGGAACUGCCGGCAACCAUAAAGACCCAUAACAUCGUGGAGCGGACGGCCAACUACGUGUCUAAGCAGGGCGCUCAGUUUGAGAUAGUGCUGAAAGCGAAGCAGUCACGUAACUCCCAGUUUGACUUCCUCCGGUUCGACCAUUACCUGAACCCUUACUACAAACACAUCUUGCGGGCCAUGAAGGACGGGCGAUACAUCAUGUUAUCCGCCAACAAGCAAGAGCAGCAGCAGGACUCAAACUCUGACGAUUCGGAUGAUGAUGGGGAUGGCAAUUACCUUCAUCCUAGCCUGUUUGCCCCUAAGAAGUGCUCUCGUCUGGAGGAGCUGGUGAAGCCUCUUAAAGUCAUGGACCCGGACCAUCCUCUGGCCGCACUUAUACGAAAAGCCAAGCAAGAAAGAAACGGCACUGCAGCAGCAGAGGCAGCCACACCAGUGCCGCCACCAGAGGAAGUAGCAGAAACGCCUGCUCCCACCACACAAGCACACUACACAGCUGACCCAAUGUACUACGGGUACUACAUGCUGCCUGAUGGAACGUUCUGCCUGGCCCCGCCCCCCCCAGGGAUUGAUGCAACCGCCUACUAUAACAGUAUGCCGACAGCUGGAGCGACUGCUCCCCCCGCUGCUUCUGGGGCUGGGGCUCAGUUGGCAACAACACCCACCCCUCCUGAAACUGCCCCCGUGGCACCACCAGCUACAGCCUCCUCUCAGGUCACCAGCUCUGCUGCUCCAACAAGUGCACCAGAAACCAGUUCUAAAGAAGAAGCUCCAGUGUCAGCACCAGCACCACAAGCCAUCAUCCCCCCACCACCUGACACCCAGCCAGUCAUAGACAAGCUGGCUGAGUAUGUUGCUAGAAACGGAGUAAAGUUUGAGGCCGGUGUCCGUGCCAAGAAUGACCCACGGUUUGACUUUCUGCAGUCUUGGAAUCAGUACAACAGCUAUUAUGAGUUUAAGAAGAAUUACUUCAUGCAGCGGGAAGGAAGAAGCACAGCAGAGAAUGUGACAGUAGAUGAUGAAGAUGAUGAUAAGCUUCAGGCAGACAAGUCACUCAAGGACUCGAUGCUGAAUAAAGCCUCCUUUGCCCCCAUCUGUUUCGCCAUCAAGGCGAAGGAAAAUGAUUUGCUGCCGCUGGAAAAGAACAGAGUUCGACUGGACGACGACUCGGACGACGACAAGUUGAUGGAUGAUGCGGGACUGGAGGCCAUGAUAGGUGGAGCUGAGAUGAUCCUCAAGGAGCUUCCUCCAAUCAGUGCACCAGAGGAGAAGAAGCCCUCGCUCAGUUUAGAAGAGUUGGAGGCAAAACAAGCCAAGCAGAAACUGGAGGAUCGUCUAGCAGCUGCAGCCAGAGAGAAGCUGGCCCAGGCGUCGAAGGAGUCCAAAGAGAAACAGCUCCAGGCGGAGAGGAAGAGGAAGGCAGCGCUCUUCCUACAGACCCUCCGCGGCCCUUAUUCUGGAGAGCCCGAGGCCAAGAGAGCCGAGCUCGACUCAUCAACACAGCUUGAGAUGCAAGAAGCCCUCUCUGUUCUGUCUGACCUUGCGCUGCCUCAUCUUUCCUCGACACCGCCUGCGUAUCUUCAGGAUCAAAAGCCUCCCAAGGAGAGCCAUGGAUCCCAUCGCAGCAGGGCGGCGCCGACCUCCUCAUCCUCCCACAGAGGAUCAGACCGAGACAGGGAUAGGGACAGAGAUAGAGACAAGGACAGGGACAGUCACCGAGAUAGGGACCGGGACAGAGAGAGGGAAAGGGAUCGGGACAGAGAGCGGGAAAGGGAUCGAGAUAGGAAUAAAGAUCGAGACAGGAACAAAGGCAGGGACAAAGAGAAAAAGAAGAAAAAACACAAGCGGAGGUCAAGGUCGAGGUCAAAGAACCGACACGCCCUCCCCACGGCCUACAAGAAAGGCCGCCGGUCCCGGUCCCGUUCACACUCCCCGGGGAGAAGAGAAAAGAAGGGCAGCUCAUCAGAGAGGAGACGUGAGGAGAAGGAGCGGGAGCGCCAUCAUCCCAGCAGCAGCAGCAGCGCCGGCGUACCCAGGGGGCAUUCGAAAUCCAGGUCACCUUCUGAAAAGAAGAAGCGCCUCUUGUCGUCCUCGGGACAGAUGCAAACUUUGGGUUCCUCUCUCUCUCCGUAUAACUCACCCAGCAGAGUUUUAUCCCCAUCAGCUAGCCCCGCCUCCAGCCUGACCCACUCAAGGGAUGGUUCUCAGGAGAAAGACAAGGCGGUGUCCUCAUCCAUAGUAUCCUCUGUUCAGUCCAAAAUAACUCAGGAUCUCAUGGCCAAAGUGAGAGCCAUGCUGGCCACCUCCAAGACCUUCCAAGCUCCCAACUCCUAAAGAGGACACGGCUUCUUAUUCGUCAAGGCAACCCUCGGUCUACCAGCGAGCGGCGUUCUCCGGCUUCUUGGGAGAUUAACGUGAUCUGGAUCUGUCGCCGCCGUGUUCCUGGAUUCAUAAUUUAAUCAUGAUUUGAGCACCGGCUGAUUCGGGUUGGGCUGUGUCUUCUUCUGCGGCGUCACGCGAGUGCAGCGAAGGAGCUCGUCCAGGUGAAAAUCUGGUUCACCGGCUGGGAGAUCACGUCGACAGCGCUUUGAGGGGAGGCUUAAAUAAUAAUGUUAUUGUGCAAUGUGUUGGAAGACGCGUUGCCUUCCUCCCACGUGCUGACAGCCAUUCUUUGCAGCAUUAGCUAAAGCUGCUGGAGGUCUGUACUCUCUCCUUCUAUGAAGGGCUGCGUUGUUUUGAUCACUUAAUUUCCAUCCUCCCUCAUCUGCUAUUCCCUGCUGCCGUCUUCCUUCUUAUUCUCCUCCCCCAGCUGUCGUCUCUCUAGCACCUCACCCGUCUAACUCCCAGAUGCUGUUUUAAAUUUUUAUUCUGCCCCUCAAACUGUCUAGUACGUGGCCUUCUAUUUUUGUUCUCAGUUUGUACUGUAAUGAAUUUAUUGGAGAGCUACUUUCUAAAGCAAACAGUAAAUAAAGUUUCAAAUGUGAUUUAACCGUG